UACUGUAUUAUGCUAUUACAGACUUCAGUUAUUAGGUUUCACUUCUGUGAAUGCGUUUACCAGAUAACAGUUACGCCGCUUUCCGAUAGCACAGCUAGACGACCGUUUCGGUUAACCGUUCUUUAAAUAAACCAGCAGACCAACAGUUGUUAAAGGAUUCUAACAGAAUUUGGUACACACAUUGUUUGCUGCUUUGUCAGGAUAACGCGUACGGGGAAAGUCUUUCCAAUAAUACCGGUAAAAAUGUCAGCCAAAAAGCAUGUACUAUUCCUCAGUUUCCCGGCUUUUGGACACAUUAUCCCUCUGCUGGAAUUUGCUCGGAAAGUAGCCAAACACCAUACGGUAACGUUUGCCGUUUCUCGAUCCAAAAUGGAGGAAAUGAUUAAGAAAGAGCUUUUCGGUGAUGAAUCAGCGGAGAACAUCAAGCUUCUGCCGAUCGAUGACGAGCCCAUCGCUUUCGGCGAAACCGACAAUCCCAUAGACGACCAAAAAGCAUUUGCGUUGAUCUUCGAGAGCGUGCUACCGGCCGUGAAAAAUCUAUUGCUGAAAGUUCCACUUCCCGAUGGAACUGGCGAUCGUAACGCUGUUAACUGUGAACCCGUGGAUGUCAUCAUUUCGGAAAUCUUCUUAGCCGAACCGUUGCAGAUCUGCCGGGAACGCGCCAUUCCGUUUUAUAUCUUCAACACUUCCGCGUUAUGGUUGAUCCGGUAUUUUGAUCUAAUCACCGAUGAGUCAACAAUUGUUCCGUUCGACAAGAUGGACCCCUUCCAUAUCAUUCCCGAACCGGGUGACCCGCCGGUGGAAGUCUCGAUGCCCUUUGCAAUGUUAUUCGGUCCGAUUCGCAAGAUAUUUCCUUACACCUUGGGAAUGAUCCACAACAGCUGUGAAACGGUGGAUAAAGCGGAUUUACAACUGCUACAGCAGCAUCCAGUUACGAAACAUUUUCCCCAUUUUCUGGUGGGCCCGUUGGUGCCGCAGACGAGCGGAAAGGUUUCCGGAGAAAAUUUAGUAUUAACGAAAAAAGUGCAUGAUUGGCUGAGCGGAAAAGAACAGCGUUCGGUUGUGUACAUCACCUUUGGGAGCGUGGCGAUACCGGCUGAUGAGCAAAUUACAGAAUUGGCGCAAGCUCUGCUUAAACUGAACAAACCGUUCAUCUGGUCGCUUCGAGAUAGAAAACAUCACUGCCUGCCUGAGAAGAUCCGAUCAAAAAUUGCAGCGCAGUUGGACAACGACGGUGGUCAGUUUCUGAUUCUGCCAUGGGCACCGCAAAAGGUCAUCCUGGCCCAUCCGGCAACGGCGGUUAUCAUUAGCCACUGUGGCUGGAACAGUUUGCUAGAAACGGUGUCCAACGGAAUUCCCGUUGUGUCGUGGCCCAUGUUUGCUGAUCAACUGAUUAACGGACGCUGGCUAGUACAAGCCGGCAUGGCGGAAUUGGUGGAAGGAACUGGAUCGCAACCGAAGCGUAUUGUACCGGCCGAUGAGAUUGCGGACACCAUAGCCAAGGUGGCUGGGUUUAAUGAUGCUAGCAACGCGGGAAAUCGGUAUGGUAACGCGGCCACCCGUUGGAAAAAUGAGAUGGACGCGGCACUGGCGCCAGGAGGAACUUCGGCUAACGACUUUGCAAAACUCUGUCAAUUCGAUGAAAUUGCUUAAAAUUCCGAGUAAAGACCAGCGCAUUAUACCAUCUAGCGCAUUAUAACACUCGCGGAUUUUUAAUGUGCAGGGUGCACGUCCAACUACAUAGUAUGCACCCUUCAGCUCACUAUUUCAACAUAUUGUCUUAACGUGUUUGGAUAAACAAUCUGUGCGGCAGAAAUCAAAUCACAUUAAGAAAAGAUUGCGCCGUC